ACGUGAUCGCGUUUUGCCCAUAUCAGUUUCUUUUAGCCACCGUGUCCGCACGGAAGUUUCGAACUCCGUGACAUCUCGCCUGCCAGCGGAGUUCGUGGGGAAUGUAGGAGCCAGCCUAUAACUCGCUCGUCCCCCCCGUUCCCAUCCCUCCUGCCCUCGUCGACCGUCUCUUGGGAGCUUUCCUCCACUAUAUACCCUGCCACCCAUCAGGUGUCGCAUCUGUCGGUCAUCACCUCCUCAUUCGUUAGAAAAUGGCCACGACUGUGCGCACAUUCGCAGCAUAUGAAGACAGCUUCUCGUCUCCUGCUCGAUCCCUGGUCAACGACAUGUCGACGAUCGUGGCCGUCUCCAUCGUCCCCUCUAAGGGCCCCCUCCUCGUAUUUUCUCCCGACAAAGAAAAUAUCAAUCCAGCUACCGGCCUUCGGGCCAGCGCGGAGCGCCAAAGCUGCAAAAAACGCAAGACCUGCGCACUAUCAACCAAGCCUCAGGCUGCUCCGCCUGCGAAGAAACAGAAGGAGUCGAUGGAUGGCAAGUCGCGCAGCGCGUUGGUGUCGGUAGAGGUGCCGAAGAAGAAUGCCAAGAAGAAGCGCGCGGCCGGGAAGAGGGGCACGACCCACAACCGCUCAAGCAGGACGCGUCGGACGCCGAGGGUUGAGAAGGAUGCGGAGGUGGAGGCAGCACUGUUGCGACGGGAAAAUAUGUCGCAGGUGAUGAUUGAUGCGCGUUGCUGGGAGCUCACAGUCUUGCCCUUGGCAGACUUGUCUGAGGCCUAUGCGCAAGCGCCGUCCCUCUUGGAUGAGCUUUCUCCUGCGAGAGAGAACGAUGAGGUGGUCGUCGUGCCCCCCGAACUCCGGCGAAUCGAAAAGACUAAAGAUUCAUUGGCGGAAACCAUCGCGAACGAGCGUGUUCAUUCACGCGAGAGCACUCCAGAGCCGACGCAUGCCGCAUCUCCUGCCGCGAAUGCGCCGUCCACUCCUCCCUCGUCGCCGUGUGUAUCGUCUGUGCCGGCUACGGUUCCCACACCCGAGCCUCAAGCUGUGUUCCCGGCCUUCACCUUCUCGUUGCCAUCGCCCUCCGGUGAACGUUACGCGUUGUUCCACGCGUCGAGUGUCGAGCCCUUCUCGGACCCGGAUCUCUGAUGUGGAUGCCCGACUUGAUUGCAUCUCCUUGGUUUCCUUCACAUCUCUAGUCUUCCUCCUGCCUUUCUCGCAAGCAGCAAAAUAUAUGGAUCCCUGGUUAUUGUUCAUCUGUACAACAUCUCCCAUAUGCCUAUCUCCUUGUCUUCAAAAGAUUCACUCGCGAAUAUCCGUUUGUCCACAUCCUAUCCACAUUGCAUGCAUCGCUUCUUGUGUCCUAUCUCUUGGUUCAUGUUUGGAGAUUGUUGCGCGCCGUGCCAUCGUACACUCGCCACCAAUGCGCAGCCUUAUCACAAUCUAUAUCUUCAAUGGCUUCAUUCCAAGAUGUCUUGUUUACUCAUCAUUCAAUUUGCGUCCCUAGGCUCGAGUCAUGUACAUAUGCUAUGAUGGCUGAACCUCGUGUCGUUGUUGCUGUGUCCGGAUAUAUCAUUCCAUUCCUAACACCUG